UAUCUCAGCACAGGGACAGCUCUCUCCUCAUGGGCUGUUUUCUAUUGGCUCCUUUUCGACCUUUGUCGGCCACCGUCGAAGCAGAGACUCAUCCACAGUCCAUUUGUGUUUGUUUUGACGAGCAGUCCUUAUGUAGUUUCACAACUUAAUUGUAGGUCAGGUAGGGAGGGAGGCUCUCUCUGACUUUUUAACACAGUAUGGAUUUUUUGCUUCAAGUAAAAUUAGGCGCUCUGGUCGGUUUGUUACUUCUAACUCUUUUUUUCGGCUUCAUCCCCGCGAGAGUCGCUUGGUUCAGAAACACAAAUGGGACAGAGACUCACCGCACAGUUUUGAGUCUGAUUAGCUGCUUUGCCGGUGGAGUCUUUCUGGCAGCAUGUUUGCUGGAUAUUAUCCCAGAUUACCUGGCGGACAUCAAUGCUGCCCUGGCAUCAAUGGAGGUCAACUUCCCACUUCCUAUGUUCAUCAUCGCUGCCGGCUUCUUCGGUGUCCUCAUGUUGGAGAGGAUCGUUCUGAACUGUCGGGAGAAUAGUGGGACUGGGAAUGAGAGAGUCCCGCUUAUACAGGACAACAGGAAUGGCCACAGCCACGCCCAUGUCCACACCUCCUCCGUGAGUCCGGAUCUGGAGAGCAGCGGCCACCAUGUCCAUGUGGACUUUCAGGCCCACUCGCCUUUUCGCUCCUUUAUGCUCUUCCUCUCGUUGUCACUCCACUCCGUGUUCGAGGGGCUUGCUAUCGGCCUGCAGGAUACUGAUUCGAAGGUGUUGGAAAUCUGCAUCGCCAUACUGGUCCACAAGAGCAUCAUCGUGUUCAGCCUGUCAGUGAAGCUGGUCCAGAGCGCAGUUCGUCCCGCAUGGGUUGCCGCUUACAUCGUCGUGUUCGCCAUCAUGUCGCCUUUGGGCAUCGCCAUCGGCAUCAGCGUGAUCGAGGCCCAGCUGGCGGCCGGCGCGCUCAUCCAAUCCGUUCUGGAGGGCCUCGCGGCGGGGACCUUUGUCUACAUCACCUUCCUCGAGAUCCUCCCGCAUGAGCUCAACUCCCCCGGGAAGCAGCUGCUCAAGGUGCUCUUCAUCCUGCUGGGAUUCGCCGUCAUGGCCGCUCUCACGUUCGUGGGCUGAAACGAAGCCGGUCGGGGUGCAAGGUCAAGAUUUUGACUUUGUGUUUGACGUCAUCUCUGUUCUGAGCAUGGAGAUAACAUUUUUUCCUCACCUUAUGACAGUAUUGUAGGUCCUUGACUUUUCAUGUCCACCAGUGCAUUUUUUAAAGGAACAAAUUAACAUUGCUUGAUUUUAUUUUUUUUUUUUUUAGACCUUUCUGUCUACUUCUUAAAAUAAUUCAUGAUUGAUUUAUAAGUAUACGUUGUUUUACUUAAGAACAGGUCUUGAUUAAUAACCAUGCUAGUCAAGAGUAAACAGAGCACAUCUAAACUUUCACAUGUCACUGGCAAACAAGUUGAACUUGAAGAAACCACUGAAGAUGUUUACCGUGUGUAUCACACAUUGUGUUUUAUCCAAUUGAGUCACAUUAUUAGCAACUACGUUUGUGUCCAUUUACUUUUGGUUCAUUUGAUUGAAAUGAUAAUUGCUUCCUUACAAGUGCCUCCAAACGUGUAUACAUACGUACAUAAUUAAUUUUAAAGUUAUUUUUCCUUUGGUUUUUUUUUUUUGCUUCUAGUAGC